UUAUACAGUGCCAUGGUUUACAUAAAAGUAGCUCGUCAUUUUCAUUAUCUGAAUCCAAAACUUUGAUCGACAAAAAAAGAAUAAGAAUCCAAAAAUCACUUCUUGCGUAAAACUUGUCAUUGUUAGAAGUUCACAAUUAAGCUUGCUUCUGCGCCGCUUUGUAAAAUCAAUUCUUCUUUGCUUCUUCUUCUCUCUAUUCAGCAUCUUCUAAAAACACUGUUUGCGUGCGAUUGUUGAUGGCGUUUGUCGAUUAGUUAACUGCAAAUGCACCUAUGGCUUUCUCCUCCGCAUCUCUUCGCUCUUCCUCUUAUUCCUGCAGCUCACAGUUGUGGUGCUCUAUAAGGUGCAAUACGAAGCAGUGUAGUAGAGGAGGUUUGGUUGUCGUCGGAGGGAGAAAAGGUCGAAGUGUAGGGAAUGGUGUUUGUGUUGUUAGGUCGGUGUUGAAUGACAAUAGGUCGAGUGUUGGUAGUUAUGGAGGGGCUGAGCCUGCUAGGGUUCUUCUGGAGAGGUUGUUUGAGCAGACGCAGAAGCUGGAGAACCAGAUGAGUGGUGGGGAACAGGAUCUUCGGGGUUUGGAGACGGAUCUUUUGGCGGCGCUAACGGCGAUGAAGGAGAAGGAGGAUCAUUUGCAGGAAGUGGAGAGGGCUGUGGUGUUGGAGAAUGGGAAGUUGAAGCAGGCGAAGGAGGAGUUGGAGAGGCAAGAGAAUGAAAUUGAGGCUGCUCGCACCAGGUAUGAGAGGCUUGAGGAGGAGAUGAAGGAGGCUACUGGUUCUUUGGUGUCUCAAGCUGGCCAGAUAGAGGAACUGAAGCUCCGGCUUAGGGAUCGUGAUCAUGAGAUUGCUGAUGUCCGGAAUGCGCUGUUUUUGAAGGAAGAAGAAAUGGAGAAAAUGAGGACUGAUUUGGCCAAGAAGAGUGAGGAAGCUGCUUCUGUUGAUUCUGAGCUCAGACAGAAGGCUCAGCUUCUUAGUGAAGCAAAUGAGGUUGUGAACAAACAAGAAGUCGAGCUUCAGGAACUGAGGAGGGCUGUCUGGGAAAGGGAAGAAGAACUCCAAUUGUCUCUGGCCCUGAGGGAAACUGAAGAAGAAAAGCUCAAGGUUACAGAGGCAAAUUUGGAAAAGCAGGCGAUGGAGUGGAUGUUAGCACAGGAAGAACUUAGGAAGCUGCGGGAGGAGGCUUCAAGACAAGCGCAGGAAAGUAGUGAAACACUGGAGGAUUUCACAAGGGUAAAGAAGCUUCUCAGUGAUGUGAGGUCUGAAUUAGUUUCAUCUCAGCAAUCACUGGCAUCUUCUAGAUAUAAAAUGGAAGAACAAGAGCGUUUGUUAGAACAGCAGGCGGCAGAACUUACAGAGCAGAGGGAAAGUGUUAUGUCAUACAUGGAUAAUUUAAAAUAUGCCCAAAUAGAAGUGGAGAGUGAAAGAACAAAACUUAAGGUUGCAGAGGAAUUGAACAAGGAACUUGAACGGGAUCUGUCCCUCGAAAAGGAGCAUAUAAAGGAGUUACAAGAAGAGUUGAAGAAAGAGAGAGCUUCUUUGGAGCAGACAGUUCAAGAAGUGUCUUUGCUUCAGGAGGAAUUAGAGAAAAGAAGUGCAGAAUUUAGGGAAGCGAGUGCGCUUCUUCAGCUCAAAGAGUCAGAACUUGUUGAUGCUAAGCUAGAAAUCCAGCACUUGAAAUCUGAAAAGGCUUCUCUUCAGGAUCUCUUGGAGGAGAAAGACAUGGAACUUUACAAUGCUAGGAAGAUGCUGGUGGAGGUAAGCCAGGAAAUUUCUGAUCUUAAGAUGCUUGUGAACUGUAAAGAAACACAGCUUAUUGAAGCGGCCAAUAUGCUCAGGGAGAAAGAUGAGCACGUGAAGAUCAUCGAGAACAAGUUGAAUAAUACAAACCUGAAGGCUUUCGAGGCUGAAACUGUGGUAAAACGAAUUUUAGACCUCACUAAUCAACUGGUUACUUCCAUUAAUGAUGAAGACAUAAACUCACCGAGACCUCUAGAUGAAAUGGGUAAUCAACUACUCGAGCAACUUCUGGAGGAACCUAAUAAUGAUUUGAGGUGGCAACAAAAACGGCUUGAGAAUCAACUUGAGCUGACCAAAGAAAGCUUAAAAACAAAGGAGAUGGAAGUUCUUGCUGCUCAGAGGGCUCUAACAAUAAAAGAUGAGGAGCUUAAAAUGACUCUUGCAAGAUUGGAUGCAAAAGAGGAAGAGUUCAAAAAAGCUAAGGUGGAGAUGACAGAAGAUGCUAAUGAUCUUCAAAGGCUGUAUGCUUUUGCACAGGAGAGAAUUGGUGAGAAAACUAUGGGGGACUUGGCAGUUGAGAAGCUUCAGCUUGAGGCAGCUCAGCUUGAAGUUGAAGCUUGUACAAGCGCUCUGCAGAAACUUGCAGAAAUGAGUCGAAAACUAUUGAAUACGGCGAUCCUGAGUGUUGAGGCUGACAACUAUAUCCUGAAAAAUAAGGAUAGUAACCCCAACUCAAUCAAAAACAUCAAUAACAUUGAUGUUUUCAGUGUGGUAAAAGCAGGAGUUGCUCGACUUUCAUCUUUGACUGAACAGCUUGUGCUAGAAGCGGGUAUUUCUGCUGCUGCAAACUAGAAGAGGUAUUGAAGAAGGUUGGGCAGCGAUAAUGUAUGUUGUUGAGGCCAAAAGCCAUUGCAAGGCUAACCAGGCUUUUUGGUGGAUCAUAAUAAUAUCUUCACUUCAUUUGCAAGAUAUGCGUAGCCAUCAUAUCUGUUUAGUUGUGGAGGUGAAAUCUUAUUGUUGUACUAUAUUCAUUCAGAGUAUAUUUGAUUUGUUUUCGACAACAUGAAUAGAUGGAAAGAGUUUAGACUGUUUUCCCUCAUUUUCUACUAAAUCAUGUGUUGCAUCUUGCUUUCAAGAUUGUGUAAAAGGAGUGACAUAACUUUGUAUAAGACUGGCUUGUAAAUAUUCGUCAUUGAUGCUACUGUUAAAGGUGUAGCAUUUAUAGCAGCAAUGCUGAUUCAUUGCAAAUUUGCAACCAUCUAUAAUAUUUGUUCAGAUUCAA